AAGUACAGAGUCCACUGCAAGACAUGCUUGUUACUUUCUGAAUUCUUGGAUAAUUUUUUUGUUGUUGUAGUUGUUGUUGUUGUUCAUCACACCGACUUUCACUGAAGGCUGUUAUAGCCUGGGCCUCAAGGCCAGAAAAGUUUACAGGCUGCACCUCUUCUGUACUCAAUGCUGUACCCCUUGCACCCAAGGGUACUGUGUAUUUGUACUUAAUAAUGUCUUCUAGUUCUCACACAGCCAACAUACAGGAAUCUAUAAAACACGGACUUACAUCAGUUGGUGCUGGUGUCGCCGAGGGCCCCGGCGCGGCCAGCCCGGCCCGCGGCCGCCCUGUCAUGCUGCCCAAAGUGGAGACGGAGGCGCUGGGACUCGCCCGUGCGAAUGGGGAGCAGGGGCAGAUGCCUGAAAACAUGCAAGUGUCUCAGUUUAAAAUGGUGAAUUACUCCUACGACGAGGACCUGGAGGAGCUGUGUCCCGUCUGCGGCGACAAGGUGUCCGGCUACCACUACGGGCUGCUCACCUGUGAGAGCUGCAAGGGUUUCUUUAAGCGAACAGUGCAGAACAACAAAAGGUACACGUGUAUAGAAAACCAGAACUGCCAGAUUGACAAAACACAGAGGAAACGAUGCCCUUACUGUCGGUUUCAAAAGUGUCUAAGUGUUGGAAUGAAAUUAGAAGCCGUGCGAGCCGACCGAAUGCGCGGCGGGCGGAACAAGUUUGGACCAAUGUACAAGAGAGACCGAGCCCUGAAGCAGCAGAAGAAAGCCCUCAUCCGAGCGAACGGACUUAAGCUGGAAGCCAUGACUCAGGUGAUCCAAGCGAUGCCCACCGACUUGACGAUAUCCUCGGCAAUCCAGAACAUCCAUUCUGCCUCCAAAGGCCUACCUCUGAACCACACUGCCUUGCCUCCCACAGACUAUGACAGAAGCCCCUUCGUGACCUCCCCGAUCAGCAUGACCAUGCCGCCCCACGGCAGCUUGCAAGGCUACCAAACCUACGGGCACUUCCCAAGCCGCGCCAUCAAGUCCGAGUACCCCGACCCUUACACCAGCUCCCCAGAGUCCAUCAUGGGCUACUCUUACAUGGAUAGCUACCAAACGAGCUCGCCGGCAAGCAUCCCCCACCUCAUCUUGGAACUGCUGAAGUGCGAGCCCGACGAGCCGCAGGUCCAAGCGAAGAUCAUGGCCUACCUGCAGCAAGAGCAAGCCAACAGAAGCAAGCACGAGAAGCUCAACACGUUUGGGCUCAUGUGCAAAAUGGCCGACCAAACCCUCUUCUCCAUCGUCGAGUGGGCGAGGAGUAGCAUCUUUUUUAGAGAACUUAAGGUUGAUGACCAAAUGAAGCUGCUUCAGAACUGCUGGAGUGAACUCCUAAUCCUAGAUCACAUUUACCGGCAAGUGGUACAUGGAAAAGAAGGUUCCAUCCUCCUGGUUACUGGGCAACAAGUGGAUUAUUCAGUCAUAGCCUCUCAAGCUGGAGCCACCCUCAACAACCUCAUGAGCCACGCGCAGGAACUGGUAGCAAAGCUGCGUUCCCUGCAGUUCGAUCUACGGGAGUUUGUAUGUCUCAAAUUCUUGGUGCUGUUUAGUUUAGAUGUCAAAAAUCUUGAGAACUUCCAGCUCGUGGAAGGUGUUCAGGAGCAAGUGAACGCUGCUCUGCUGGACUACACCAUGUGUAACUACCCGCAGCAAACAGACAAAUUCGGGCAGCUCCUCCUGCGACUACCAGAGAUCCGGGCCAUCAGCAUGCAGGCUGAGGAAUACCUCUACUACAAACACCUGAACGGGGAUGUGCCCUGCAACAACCUCCUCAUCGAGAUGCUGCAUGCAAAGAGGGCGUAAAUUAUACCCAUUAGAGCUUCUGCUUUCAAGGAAAAUAAAUAUAUAUAUAUAUACACACUCUGAACUGCUCCGAGCAACAUUAACUAAAAUGUGGUUUUAAGACUUGGCAAAAUGGUAUAAUAAUCAAAUACUAAUAGUAAAUAAGUGAUGUAUCAGGGUAUUUGUAUUGCAAACUGUGAAUCAUAUGCUACACAUCCCCAAAGGAAUCUAUAUAGGACUUGAUGCUGGCAUGAAGUGAACUUAUCGGGUGGACGCUAUCGCCAAUGUCGACGUGAGAAAGGACGGAAUGAUUCUUGUAUAUUUAACUCUGCUGAUUACCAAUAUGAAGAAAUUUAGGGGGGGAAUAAAAAAGCAUAUUAUUGAGCUGAGACAGWGGGGAAUUUGAGCGCACUAAAUUCCUUCAAUGUAUAGCAGGACUUCUAAAACCCUUCCAACAGAUGCAAAGCUGCACCUCCAGCAUCCUCUGCCACCACUGCAAGGACCCAAUCCUUCUCCUUCGGUGACAAGCGACGUGAGCAAAGAGGCAACGCGGGCAGCCCGCUAGAAUGUCGGCAUGGGUUCCUACCAUGUCCCGAGGUUUGUCUUGCCCCGUGUCCACGUCCUUCAGGCAGGCAGUAWCCCUCUUCUUCCAGGGCUCGGGCACGGCUAGGGAACAGCCAAGUUGAGCGCUGCAAAAGAGACUCGGCGGCUCCAAGGGUUGAAACACAGCCCUGAUGUGUCUUGUGGGCUGUUUCCAAAUAAACAGGAUCACAAUGUGUUUUAGGACAAUUUCCGACACCUAAGUAAAUAAAUAAUCUUUUCUCAAGCUCCACUGAGAACAAUUGAAAUUUGUUAAAUUUGUUUAGCUAUGCAAGAAGGGACAAAUCAACCGUAGGAGCUGAUGGAGCUCACCACAGAGGGRGCUUGCUGAGAUUUUUGAGUCACCUAUAUUGAAGAAAAUAAAUGUCCAUUCAGAAGUCCAAUGCAUAAAGAACCAUUCUCUUAGGUUGGGUAAUACAGCUCUUUCGCACACAGAAAGAAGAGUGAUACUGCCAUGUCCACGUAGGCCAAAGUCUGCUGCAGAACAAAUAUUAGAGAAGAACAAACAAUUCUCCCUCUGCCCAGAUGGGAUAUCAGUAUUAUAACAUGCAGUGCCACAGUUCUAAAGUCUUGCCUUAUUUCAUUAUCCUUCAAGGUAACUGUGCAGGUGUGGAUCAACAAACAUUUAAAAUAAAGUAUUAAUCUCUAACAAUAAUGAAAACAUUAAGUGUUUACAUUCUUUAGGUCCUGUGGGGGAAAAAACUGUGAUAAAAUUGCUAAGCAGUGAUUUCCUUGAUGUUGCUUUCAAAUUGGUAAUUAUUUUACCAGUACUUAAUUACUGUAUGUCGUGAGACACUAAAAUCAAAGGGGGGGGAUUUCAGUUGGACUUUAAUUUUUGAGAUUAUUGGCUGCACAAUCACUUGUAGAAACUGUAUAAAAUCCUAAUCCUUUUUUUUUUCAUGAAGAUUGCUGGCAUUUGAAUAGUUUAUUUAUAUUGUAUAUGAUAGUUUCCACUGUAGACAAUUAUGAUGCUAAUUUAUUGUUCUUUGGUUUCAUCUUUAUAUAAGAUAUAGCCAGAAUGAAGAAGCCAAAUAUAUGUGUUUACUGUAGCAUGUCUUCAAGUUAGUAGAACAUAGUUCAGGGACACACAAGGGUCUUUACCAUUGAAAUCAUUCGCUUGAUUAAAUGUCUGUAAAUCUCCAUAAUCCUAAAUGUAGUUUAUUUAAAUCUAUUGUAAAUUAUGUGAGUUGUAGCUUUUUCUGUUUCACGUGAACUUGGCAAAGCAAGGGGCAUUCCCUUAAGGAUUUUUUUCCCCAACCACUCACACAUUGUAUACCAAAGACAUCGGUUAUUCACGUUAACUGCAUUGGUGCAAAAUGCACUGUUUUAAUCGCCCAUGGGAGUCACCCCGAACGCUGUCCAGGUGCCAAAGCGGCCGGAGGGCCCAGCGAGACACACACACAUGUAGACGACCCCAGACGUUCUUGCCCUUUCCAGAAGGAAAACAACACGCACGGCCAGUGCUCAUAAUUCUGCAUUUUCCUCUCRUUUCCAUUGGAACGCUCACUGCAUGUUAAAGAGCAAAAACCUAAGCGAAAUCCAUGGCUAACUGAAUUCACAGCACCGCUAUCCGUAUACAGGACAAAAGAAAUAGAGCAAGGAUGUAAGAGAAAAGCUAAAUUUUCCAUCCAGUUCAAUGGAAACUGUUCUGAUGAACUGACAUAUGUUUGCCCAUACCUGUGGUUCCAAGAAUUCCACCAGAUUGCCCAAAGUUUGCAAAAAAACAACAACAACAAAAAAAAMCCCUCACGUUAAUUGUUAACCACUUUGUAACCAGACAUUUACUUACGA